AAUAAUUCUACUUAGCCAUAGGUUCUUUAUGCAGGCUUGUUUCUUAUCUCUUGUCAUUAUUUUCACGAUGUAGUCACCUUGAAUUUUACCUUUGAGUUUCUUUGCGCAAUGCUGCCCUUGUUAAUGUGCUUUUCUUGAGAGAUAUGCUGAAUUAUUAGCGGUCAUUCAAGCUUGCUAUUAGGUAUCUCUUAAUUACAUCUGACCAUUUUCUUAAAACUAUUGAAAAGCUUUUUUCUUUCUUUUCACUGAUGUAUCAAUUUUAUUUCUAACUGAGAACUCUACAGACAUAACCAUUCAAUAGAGACAGAAUGGACAGUAAAGGCAUCAGUCUUAUGCUGUCUUUAGCGAAUUUGGAAAGAUCCUACGAAACAACCAUUUUUCACACUUAUUCCAUUAUAAUCUACUAUUAAUGUAAUCUAUUAACCAAGUUGUAUCACGUUUAAUUACAAUAUCACCGAUUUUCGUCUACCACUGAAAAGCUUAUUAUAGCUGCCUACUGUUGCCAAAAUUCUUGAAACCUGGUUUAUUAAGAAUUCUCAAAGGUGGACAGCCUCCCAUGCAUCCAAGCUCAAACGAAUUGAUAAACGCUUUUGUGAAGAAAUGUAUUAAACUUGAAAUCGCUGAAAUUGAAGGAAAAGGAAGAGGGCUGCGAUGUUUAGAGAAAUGCGACUCUGGGCAACUACUGUUGGAGAUACCAUUAGUAAAAGUUAUUUGUGAAGAAUCAAUUACAGAAUAUCGAAAGAAGAAUAAAUCCUUUGCUUCGAUCGCCGAGUCCGAAGAGUGGGAUGUUAUGCCAUCCAGAAAGCAGGUUCUGUUCAUCCUCUGUCACUUAAAUGGGUCAAACGAAAAGGAGAGUGAAUGGAAUCUCUACUUAUCUACUUUGCCAUCUUAUAUUGAUACCCCAGUUCAGUGGCCUGAAAGUGAUAUACAGGGUCUUCAAGGAACUUCAUUGUUCAUGCCUGUCUUGGCCAAACAAAAUUUUUUGAGAGAAGAAUGGGAAGAAUUAAGAACCCGAUAUGGAAACCUUUGGCCAGGAAAAAUCACUUUGUCUGAUUGGAUACAUGCUGAUGCCUUAUACAAUAGUCGAUGCCUCGAAAGACCAUCGGGUAAUACAGUUUUGUCUCCUGUGAUUGAUUUGUGUAAUCACUCAAAUAGUGCCAAUUCCAGAUGGGAUUUUACUUCAGACGCUAUACAAGUGUAUGCUCAGAAGACUAUUUCUGUUGGAGAUGAAAUCACUUUUAAUUAUGGUAGUUCCAAAGGUGCUGGGGAAUUUCUAUUUUCAUACGGUUUCAUUCCACAAAGCAUAGGAGAUGGUACAAUUGACGUUGUAAAGAUCUUAAUUCCCAAAGAUCCCAACGAUCCCUUGGAUGUUGUAAAACGAAGUUGUUGUAAAAGACCACCAAUGAUCGAGUUUGCUUCGGAUCCUACUGGUUUAUGGUGGCAUGCUCCAUUUUUAUAUUUUUCGAUUUUGAAUAUUCAAGACUUCACUUUUUUUCAUUUGGAGCAAAACGAAUACGGGGAUAUAGAACCCCAAUGGGAGUUCGAAGGGCAAAGAACCACUAUUGAGGAACUCCCAAAAUUAAUAUUAAAGUCUUCUUUAAAAGACUUGUAUUUCUUGAGAGUAUUUUGCCUUGUUGAGCAGUUAGCCGAAGCAGCCCUCAAACAUAAUUUAGAAAGUGACCAAUACAUAUCAUCGCGCAAAGGUGUUGCUACGAAUCUUUUAUUAAGGGAACGAAAUUUAUUUACGAAAAUAUUACCAUAUCUCAAAGGUUUUAUAGAAGAUUAUGCCAAGUCAGAAGUCGUUAGUAAUUAUUUAGCUACCCAGGAUGCAGAGCAAUGAGUACUUUAAUAGAAUCUUUUUACAAAAUUAUUUAUGUUCUUAAUUAAUUUUCUUUUCUUUACAGUCGGAAAAUAUGAAUAGAG